AACGUUUGUGUAUAGCUGGAAAGCCCGAUCUGAUUGAAGCUACUUUUAUACACUGACUACUUGUGAAAGCGCCAAUUUCCUGAAAACGAAACUCAAUAAAACAGUACAAUAUUUAUCUUUAAUCUGAAAAAUCCCAACUCAACAAAAUGUCUUCAACUUCUCAAAAACACAGAAAUUUUGUAAUGGAGCCAAUGGGUGACAAACCUGUAACAGAGCUGGCAGGGAUUGGACCAGUUUAUGGUGGUAGACUGACAGAAGCAGGUUUUGAUUGUGCCUAUGUUGUCUUAGGGCAGUUUUUAGUGCUGAAAAAAGAUGAAGAUAUGUUUAAAGAUUGGUUGAAAGAUUUGACUGGAGCUACUUCAAAACAACAGAAUGACUGCUUUCAAUGCUUAAAAGAGUGGUGUGAUCAAUUCUUGUGAAUGUUGUAUCAGUACGAUAAAAAUGUAAAACUAUUAUCAUCCUAUAAAUGUGGUACCUUUUAUCAUCUUGCAAGUGUUUUAUUGGUCAGCAUUUAAUGUAUCUUUGUUAAUCAACCAAGGACUUUGAUUGUGUAUUGUCAAAUACAAAUAUUCUGAAUUAAAAAUUUGAAAAUAAAAUACAUAUUUUUGAAUGUUAAUAAUCAUGAUAAUAGUUCAAUCUAAAUCUGUCUGUGUAACAAAGUAGGUUGCAAUUACUAUUU